AUGGCGCCCACAACGCCCUCUCCACCUUCUAUGCCUCGAUCAUCUAAGUCCAAGGUGACCGCGAAGCGCCACACCGUGCCCUGUGUGUUCUUCCAAACCCACCAGUGUCCAUUUACCGCAGAAGAGUGCGACUUCGCGCACGUGUACGACCCGAACUAUACCUUGAACAAAUCCAAGCCCCGUGCCAACUUCCGCACGAAGAAUUGCAGGUACUUCCUCGCCGGGUCGUGCAAUCAAGGGACAUGGUGCAGCUUCAAGCACCCUGACCCCAGCGCCCGGCCGAGCGCCUCUGUGAGCCGGCACAGACAAGACAACGAGUCCGAGGACGACGGUGACGACGAUGUCCCCGAUAUCCGCGACGUUAAUCCCGAUGAAUGGAGCCGUCGAAGGAACGAGCAUCCAAAGUACCGCACUCGUCCCUGCCGCGAGUUCCUGCUAGGCAAUUGCCGCUUCGGUGACUCGUGCUCCUACCUCCACCCCGAGCUACCGCAGAAAGCGAUCACGUCGCCGACCUCGUUCGCCACCCCGCUGUCCUCGGCCUCGGAGAGGUCGAGCUCAACCGACGGUCACGACGAGCCGUUGACCCCGGAGCCGCAUGAUCGACUCGCCAACCUCCACAUCAACGAUAUAUCGCCCCCGAAGGAGGAGCCCGCGCAGCUGGUUUCUCCCACAUGGGCGUGGUACAUGGGCCCGCUUAUCCCCAUCCCUCAGGGCCAUUCGGCCCUCAACCUUUACCAGCCCGCGCCUCCCGUUCAGCACCGCUCGAAGAAGCGUUCGCGCUCCCGAGGCAGAAAGCAUCAAGUCAAAGCCAACAAGCAGGCUACGCCACCGCCCGAUCAAACGGAUCCCGCGAACGACGCCACCACGCCUACCGCGACGUCGCCGUAUGUUUCUGACCUCGAGGAACAGCACAAGAAGGGAAUAUAUCCGGUCACAUGGCGGGUCAUUAGCGGUGGUGUGAGGAUCGGCGCUUCUAGCCACGGUCGUAGUGAUCAUCAUGGCGAGCAAUCCGCGGUUACGCAAGUAUCCGGUGACACAAGUUCGCGUUCAGCACUCGACCCCUCCUCAGUGAAUGAUUUGGCUCCGUCGACCGGCCUUCCGUCUCCAGCCGCAAACUAUUCCUCCAAGCGUCAAGGCAGGGCGACCAACCUGCAGAUAUCGAUCCCCUCGGCCCCCUCGCACCCGAAUGUGCAGCCGCAUAACCAGGACGAGCGAUCCGCCCAUCCAGACGAUAGGGCACGUUCGCGCCUUGCGGUUGUAGCGGCGCCCCUACGUCCCAAGUCUACGCCCCCUGCUCCUGGCAAAGAUCGCGUCAGCGGACAUGCGAGGAGGUCAUCGGCGACGGUGAACAUGCAAGCCAUGAGGGCUUGA